UAGGAUCAGACGCAAGAAGGCGGCCGCGCGCACGACGCAUGGGCCAAGCAUUUCCGACGCACUCACGCAUACAGGAUCCCACCAAUCUCCAGAUCACUACCUCCCUCGCCUCUAUACUCUCGUCAACAAGCCUCUUGAUAUUACAAGGCUGCCAUGUCCGAGCCUCGUCACUCUCCUCCUCCAUCUGCACAUGCUCCCAAGCCAAAGGGAAUUUUGAAAAAUCCCCUGGAUCGUCGGCCGUCUCAGCCUGAAGGUGAUGCUCCUUCAGGUGGAGCCGCUUCCAGCGAGGCUGAUCGCGGUACCUCCCAUGUUGGUGGCAGUGGUCCCCACAACACCCUCUCAAAUGGGCUCAGCUGGGAUGAACAGAACAUUGCCCUCCAUGACUUCGAGAAGGAGAACACGCAGAGGAUGAAGAUCGACGAGCCCAAGACACCCUUCGUGAGGGGCGCCGGCAUGGAUGAAGAUGGGUUCGACGCCUUCAACCUGGACAACAAUUCUCCAGCACAGUCCUCGACGUCCUACUUCGGACAGGGAUCCUCAAGCUCCCCAACGAGUGGAGGAGCCGAUGCCCAGCUUACUGCCAACACCACCGCAAAUGCAGGAGCAGGUAGUGGUCGCAGAACCUCUGCCAGCGGAGGCCAAGGUGGUGUUGGUCUAGCACUUGGCCUUGAUGCCGCAGAUCUCAAGGCGUCUGGUUCGCAACCUGCAUCUUCGAGUAAUAUGAUGGUGCCGAAUUUGAGUGACGGGGCAAGCAGCAAGAGGACGCAGAGCAGGAGCCCCUCAUUCUCGCUGCCGAGCAGUGGCAGCUCUUCUCGUCGAGCAAGCAGCCGCUCAGCCGCUGCUGGAGACGAUUCGCGCAGCGGCGUUAGGAAGCAGAAUGCGGAUCAGGCCAUGGAUGUGGACGGGCAGGACGAGGCCUCAAGGGGCGAGGCUGUCUCCGAAGAGGAAGACGAAGAAACUCGAGCGCAGAAAGAGGCGUUCGCCAAGAAGAGGAAUGCACAUUACGGUCAAGAAGCUUUGAUCGCCAAGGCACUGGCUUCGAAGGGGGUUGAUGACGAGGAGGAAGAAGAGGAGGAUGAAGAAGACCGUGGCUCAGCUGCUGCUGCUGCCGUCAAUGGCUCCUGAGAGUGUGAUCGUUUUGUAUCAUUACUGUUCGCUCUUCAGUCGUCGGCGUGACGGCAAUGCUGUGGGUAUUGGACCAUCAUGAUCUUUCGAGAAUGCUUGCUGCUGUCUGAGCUCGAGUAUCCUGGCAGCUUCGCGCUCACGGCGGAAAUAGGCGGGGUGGACCCGGAAGUGGGGGGAGGCGAUCGGAGAUUGGUGGUGGGCCUUUGCUUGGCCUGUGCCUGUAGCUUAUUCCUAUUACAGCUUCGUCCUUCUAUCCCUCACCAGUGUCCUGCGGUCUGAAUUUUCCCUCCUACUCAACCUCUUCAACCCUACUGGCCACUGUGGACUCCUAGACCCCAAGGAUCUGCUGGCGUGAGCUUGUAGGCGCCUGUCCUGCGGUCGCACUCUCAGAGGUCCCUCUCGCAGGC